CACGGUACAGCGCGUCGAGCAUCAAAAAAGAUGUCUCUUCCCCUCAGCUUCUACAAGAGCACCAUGGCCGGGUCUUUCGCCGCGGGCGGCGUCGAGACCCCCAUGUCUCGCGCCGUGCCCGCGACCUUCACCCAGCAGGUCACCGCCAACUUCAUGGCUCCCGCUAAGAAGGAGUUCUCCAUGGUUGCGUUCCUGAAGGAUCUCGCGGUGGGUGGCGUCUCCGGCUCCAUCGCCAAGACCGCGACCGCCCCCAUCGAGCGCGUCAAGCUCCUCAUCCAGACCCAGGAUGCCAACCCCAAGAUCAUGUCUGGCGAGGUUCCCCGCUACACCGGCAUCGUCAACUGCUUCACCCGCGUCUCCGCGGAGCAGGGCUUCGGCUCCUUCUGGCGCGGUAACAUGGCCAACAUCGUCCGUUACUUCCCCACCCAGGCGUUCAACUUCGCCUUCAAGGACACCAUCAAGGAGCUGUUCCCCUCCUACAGCCCCAAGACGGACUUCUGGCCGUUCUUUGCGGUGAACAUGGCCUCCGGCGGCCUCGCGGGCGCGGGCUCCCUGCUCAUCGUCUACCCUCUCGAUUUCGCGCGUACCCGCCUCGCCGCGGACGUCGGCUCCGGCAAGGGCCGCGAGUUCAACGGCCUCAUCGACUGCCUCACCAAGGUUGCCAAGCGCUCGGGCCCCAUGUCGCUCUACCAGGGCUUCGGCGUCUCCGUGCAGGGCAUCAUCGUGUACCGCGGCGCCUACUUCGGCCUCUACGAUACCGGCAAGGGUGCGCUCCUCACCAAGGACUCCUCCAUCGUCGCCAAGUUCGUCGUCGCGCAGGUUGCCACCAACGCCGCGGGCGUCCUCUCCUACCCCUUCGACACGGUUCGCCGUCGCCUCAUGAUGACCUCCGGAGGCAAGAAGCUCUACAACGGCACCCUCGACGCUUUCGUCAAGAUCUACUCGCAGGAGGGCGCGGGCGCCUUCUUCAAGGGUGCCUUCUCCAACGUCCUCCGUGGCGUCGGCGGCGCGCUCGUGCUCAUCAUGUACGACGAGAUCAAGGCGCUCAUCGCGUAAUCUGGUUGGGCGGUCGGAAACCGAAUGGGAGUGCGCGGGCGCCAGCGUCGGUCUCCUUGGGAUGUAUUUGAUUGAUGACGCGGGACGUGGAGCGCAUCGGAGGCGCCCCCGCGGCAAAAAAGUUUUUGUGCAAUGUAUCACCGGCGUCGCACAGGUGCUCGAGCUCGUCGGGACGGAGGAUGGUUACCCUUUGCGCAUAAAAGCGAGGGCCGUCAUCGCUCGACGCUCGGCACCCGGGCGACUCGCCGCACGAACCGUAGGAUUCUUCAGCCGGCGCGCGGGGCGGGCGGGGGCGGUGCACGAACCGACCCGCCGCCCCGCGCAGCCGGCGGGCAACAUGUAGUAUCUCAAUAUCACACGAUUUUGUUUC